AUGACGUUCAGAAUUGCUCUCAUCGCCCUCCUCAUCCUCACCGCACAUCCAGCCACCACCCUCCCCAACCACCCCGACCUACCCCAACAACCCAUGGACCCCCAGCAUCACCCCGAAAAACAACCAACCGCCCCCUGCCCCGACCACCAACACCACCAACCCCACAACCUCCCCAUCACCUACGGCCAAUGCUAUCACCUCAUCCACCCCGACUUCGGCCCCCUAGUCGACAGCACCUGGGGCAACGACGCGCAGCCCUGGCAGUGGCUAGCCUUCAAGCAGGGCCAAACCCCGCGACGCCUGCAGGUGUGCCGCACCGCCGACUGCGACAACGCCGACGACGCCGGGCCCGUCGCGAACCACGGCACCUUCUACCUGCGCGACCUGCGCGGCUCGCCCAAGUCGCAGUGGGCCCCGCGCUUCCUGAACGUGUUCGAGGGCCUCCCGAGCGAGGUGUGGCCCGACGCGCAGGACGGGCAGGGCAAGCGCGCGCGCUUCACGGCGGCGGCGGCCGCGCGCGGGGACUGGCUCCGUCUGCGGGUGGCGGAGAGUGCCUCCGGGUUUAAUGGGUUGCAUGUCAACUCGGAUAGUUGGCCGGAGCAUAGCUAUGUCUUUACGGAUCGAGUGGAUAAUAGCUUGAGUUUUUGGUUUGUGCGGUGUGAUGGUGGGCAUGAUGGGGAUGAUGAUGAUGAGGAGGAGGAGGAGGAGGUGCUGGUGGAUUAG